AGCGACCCUAGUCCGACCAACUACAUUAACCACAAUGCAUUUGAAAGCACUCAAUGACGCGGUAGACUUUUCUCCUUUAACCAUCCACUACGAGUGAUCCCACCGCGGUCUGUUUAUGUGCACAGCCGAAACGCAGGGCACAUGCAGCCUCAGCGUUUAACCUCUGCGGCGGUCGUUUAGGAGUCGGAAGGCAGCCAAACACACCCAAUAUAAGGCGUGUUUUCUCAGCAGAUCUGCUCGUAUCCCCUGGAUGAGCUCGCCGUGGCUGUCUUUGUUAGCCACUGAAGCUAGCUGCCUCUGACACUCGCGCACGAGAGCCUUUCAGCCGUUUAUUGUUUUGUUGCGCGAGCCCAACUGAGCUAGCCGGCUCAGCUAACGGACUGGUCCCAGUUCUAGCUAGCUAACGGACUGGUCCCAGUUCUAGCUAGCUAACGGACUGGUCCCAGUUCUAGCCAGCCCGGGUCCCAGCACGAAACCAUCGCGAACAAACCAGCGGAUAAAAACACGAUACCAGCGCCUUCGCUUCAUGCAGCAGCUAUGAUGAAGAUGAAGAAGAAGAUGAUGAUGAUGAUGAUGAUGAUGAAACAGCGACAGAGCUGAGACUGUGUGGCUGUGUAGCAUUCGCACACCUGGAGAGGCUGAACGCACGCGUACACACACACACCACACACACACACGCGUACACACACACACACACACACACACACACACACACAGAGACAGUGCCCAUGUUUUCCCCCGAGCAGGAGAACAUCUCCACCUCUACCAAAGUGCCAAUCAAAUACGGAGAGCUCAUUGUACUUGGGUACAAUGGCACUCUCCCGAAUGGAGACCGCGGCAGGAGAAAGAGCCGCUUUGCUCUCUUUAAGCGACCCAAAGCAAAUGGAGUGAAACCCAGCACUGUCCAUGUAGCGUGCACCCCACAAGCAGCCAAGGCCAUAAGCAACAAGGAUCAGCACAGUAUUUCCUACACCCUUUCUCGUGCACAGACCGUGGUGGUGGAGUACACUCAUGAUAGCAAUACAGACAUGUUUCAGAUCGGUCGCUCUACCGAGAGUCCUAUAGACUUUGUGGUGACGGACACCAUCCCCGGCAGCCAGAGCAACUCGGACACGCAGUCCGUGCAGAGCACCAUCUCACGCUUCGCCUGCAGGGUCAUGUGUCAGAGGACUCCACCCUACACCGCCUGCAUCUACGCUGCCGGCUUCGACUCCUCCAAGAACAUCUUCCUCGGGGAGAAGGCGGCGAAAUGGCGGACUUCAGAUGGGCAGAUGGAUGGCCUGACGACGAACGGCGUGCUGGUCAUGCACCCUCGGCACGGUUUCACUGAGGACUCCAAACCGGGCGUGUGGCGGGAGAUCAGCGUCUGCGGAAACGUGUUCACCCUGCGCGAGACUCGCUCUGCCCAGCAACGCGGGAAGAUGGUUGAGAGCGAGACCCAGGAGCUGGUGGACGGCUCUCUGAUCGACCUGUGCGGCGCCACCCUGCUGUGGCGCACGGCCGAGGGCCUGUCUCGCACGCCCACGCUCAAGCACCUGGAGGCGCUGCGCCAGGAGCUGAACGCGGCGCGGCCGCAGUGCCCCGUGGGUUUCAACACGCUCGCCUUCCCCAGCAUGCGCCGCAAGGACACCGUGGACGAGAAGCAGCCCUGGGUCUACCUGCACUGCGGCCACGUGCACGGCUACCACAGCUGGGGCACGCGGGACGAAGGGCGGGGCGAAGGGCGGGCCGGAAGCGGUCGUGAGCGCGAGUGCCCCAUGUGCCGCGCCAGGGGGCCGUACGUGCCGCUGUGGCUGGGCUGCGAGGCGGGGUUCUACCUGGACGCGGCUCCGCCCACCCACGCCUUCAGCCCCUGCGGGCACGUGUGCUCGGAGAAGACGGUGGCGUUCUGGAGUCAGAUCCCUCUGCCACACGGCACGCACACCUUCCACGCCGCCUGCCCCUUCUGCGCCCAGCAGCUCAACGGGGAGCACGGCUAUGUCAGGCUCAUCUUCCAGGGACCCGUCGACUAGGCGACGCUGACCUUUGACCUUAUGGACCUUCCGCUACUGAACCCGUGGAAACAGACGGGCCCUGUUUUCCUCCCCGUGUUUUAGAACUCUCUCUGUCUCUCUUUCUGUCUUCCUCUCAGUCUGUGUCUGUCUCUCUCUCUCUCUCUCUCUCUCUCUCUCUCUCU